AUGUCAUCCUCCGCGCUCGCUGCUCGAUGUGUCAGACGUUCCUCAGAGGUCGUCGUCGCCACCCACAGCAUCACUCCCAGCCAUCUUCUCUCCAUCCUCUCCCCAUCAUCCCUCCAUCCUCCAUCCUCUCUCCACUCAUUCGCCAGUCCCAGAGCCCAGCAAUGUCCUCCUUUGUUUAAACCAGCACAAUCCCUCGCGCUCGUCUCUUUACCCAUAACCGCUUUGCCACCGGAUCCAAGCUGCAAGUUACUACCGUUUUCCGGUUUCCACACCAUGAAACGCAAACAAGGCUCAGAGUCUGGAGUGAUCAAUCCAGCCCCUCCACCUUCCCUCGCCGCUCUCGAUGCCGCUCUCGACCUUUUGGCCUGCGAAACCUUUGGCCGUCUCCAGGAGCUCACAGCAAAGUUUGAGAGUGCUGCAGGCGUCAAGCUCAACGAUGGCGUGGUCAAACAUCGAUGGGGAGAGGCGUGUAUGCGCUACUAUCUCAUGAAGAGCAUGGACGACCUCACAUGCAGUGCAUCUGCACUCAAAGCGCACGGAGACAAUCAUGAUGAAAUGUCAAUGGAGGACGAAAGUGUGCCAAACGGUACUAGCCAAGAUUCAGAACGCUACAAACGACCCAUGCCGCAGUCUAGCCAUCCUGGGGCAGUUGUUUCAUUUGGCUUGGAUGCCGAUGAAGAAGCCCAGUGGCGACGCUGGACUCCCAAGGUCAACGACUUGGUUGUGGUCGAGCUCGCUGAAGAAGGAGUUUGGCCAGGCAAGAUCAUCGACAAGAAUGUCUGCUUCCAGGGCAGGUCAAUGCCACGAGGAAACCACUUUUACGGGGUACGCGUGUACAGUGGUACCAUUGAACCAUCAAUGACUGUCAAGGCGCGUAUGGUGCCGUUUUACCUACGCUCGUCCCCGCCGUUGAUGGCGGCCACCAACCUCCUCAGCGCGUACAAUCACGCGAAUGAGCCUACAUCAUUCGACGCACUGGCUUCCAACCGUGAAGCCGCUGCUGCUCACGCUCGCACUCACCCUGGUGUUGGGGACGAAGACAGCUUGGCCAAAAUUCAAGUCGACAAGGACAAGUGGAAGAAGUUUGUCAACUGGCUCAUGGAUGAGCGCCGCGUCGAGAAGCUUAGGGCUCUUUGCGAGGAACGCGGUCGCCGACUGCGAGAGGUCACGAAAACGACACCGACGGAUGUCAGUGAAUGGGACGACUAUCACGAGAGCCAGCCUCGCAAACGCAGAGUUACUCCUUCCAUUGCCCCUUUCUCAUACAGAGAUAUUAAGAAGAACACGUUAGAGAAGUUGGAAGGCAAUCCCAACGAGCGAGGUGGAAUCUUCAAGAUUACGUCCGUCAGCUCUACGUCAUCCUCUCCCACUUCUUCGGCGGCUACACUAUCAACCGCUAGCACACGGGCGACUACACCAAUGUCUGCGUAUAUCCGCCCAGCUCUGUCGGCUGUCCCCUACCGCGCUGGCUCACCUCGCCGAGCAGACCGUAGACGUAAUGGCAUUUUCACCGGACUGGGCGAGUUUAGUCCUCGAGCCCGCGGAGGAACAUACACUCCUCCUCGAGUGUUACCCAACGGCGACGAGACUGCUGUUUUUGGCUCGCCAUCUCCAGCACCGUCGCUCAAAAGUUUUGACUUUAUCAGUCCCCUUGGUCCGGUCAAGCUGGGAAGGCUGUCGACAGACAUCGAUGACGACACCGUUAUGCAGGCCAAAAGUGGGAGUAACCUGGAGGCUGUUCUGGAGGAGGGAGAGGAGGAUGACCGUUCCACGCCUGCGUGGACGCUCGCUGUGUCCAAGAGGCGUUCUAGGCGAGCCGGGUCAGCACCAGUUGAAAAUGUGGACAAGGCGGAACACCGUGCAAAGGUCACGUCAAGUGACGAUCUGGUCCUGUAG